AUGAGUGGUGCACACCCCCGGCUCCACCAGAGCGCCGCGCCCGCUCCCAACGCUGUCUCCCCGGACAAGGACGCAGAAAUGCCCGCCACGGAGAAGGACCUGGCCGAGGACGCGCCGUGGAAGAAGAUCCAGCAGAACACCUUCACGCGCUGGUGUAACGAGCACCUAAAAUGCGUCAACAAGAGGCUCGGGAACCUGCAGACGGACCUGGGCGACGGGCUGCGGCUCAUCGGGCUCCUGGAGGUCCUGUCCCAGAAGAAGAUGUUCAGAAAGUACAACCAGAGGCCCACUUUCCGCCAGAUGCAGCUGGAGAACGUGUCGGUGGCGCUGGAGUUCCUGGACAAGGAGAACAUAAAGCUGGUGUCCAUAGACUCUAAAGCCAUCGUGGAUGGGAACCUGAAGCUGAUCCUGGGUCUGAUCUGGACCCUGAUCUUGCACUAUUCCAUCUCCAUGCCCAUGUGGGAUGAAGAAGAGGAGGGAGAUGCCAAGCAGAAGACACCCAAGCAGAGGUUGCUGGGAUGGAUCCAGAACAAACUGCCAGAGCUCCCUAUCACCAACUUCCACAGGGACUGGCAGACCGGCCGGGCUCUGGGGGCCCUGGUCGACAGCUGUGCUCCAGGUCUGUGUCCUGACUGGGAUCAGUGGGAUCAGACCAAACCAGUGGACAACGCCCGAGAGGCCAUGCAGCAGGCUGACGACUGGCUGGGCAUCCCUCAGGUGAUCACCCCUGAAGAGAUUGUUGACCCCAAUGUGGACGAACACUCCGUCAUGACCUACCUGUCCCAGUUCCCCAAGGCUAAACUGAAGCCUGGCGCUCCUCUGCGGCCCAAACUCAACCCCAAGAAGGCCCGUGCCUAUGGGCCAGGUGUGGAGCCCGUUGGUAACGUUGUGAUGAAGAAGGCUCUGUUCACCGUGGAGACCAUCAGUGCGGGGAUGGGGGAGGUGCUGGUGUACGUGGAGGACCCUGCAGGACACAGAGAGGAGGCUAAGGUGACAGGAAACAAUGAUAAGAACCGCACCUACUCUGUCGUCUACAUCCCUAAAGUCACAGGCAUGCACAAGGUGACGGUGCUGUUUGCAGGGCAGCACAUCUCUAAGAGCCCCUUCGAGGUGGAGAUCGGCAUGGCUCAGGGAGACUCCAGCAAGGCCACGGCCCAGGGGGCCGGCAUCGAGCCAUUAGGAAACAUCGCCAACAAGAGCACUUACUUUGAUGUCUACACUGCAGGCGCUGGUGUUGGCGAGGUGGAGGUGAUGAUCAUUGACCCUGCCGGCAAGAAGAGCAUCGUGCCCUGCACCAUCGAGGACAAGGGCAACAGUAGCUACCGCUGCACCUACAAGCCCAUCCAGGAGGGGCAGCACACCCUCUACGUCACUUUCGCUGGGGGCCAGAUCAGCAAGAGCCCCUUCAUGGUCACCGUGGGCGAGGCAUGCAACCCCAGCCUCUGCAAAGCCAAGGGUCGGGGUCUGCAGCCCAAAGGCCUGAGGGUGAAGGAGACCGCAGACUUCCAGGUGUUCACCAAGGGGGCCGGCACCGGAGAGCUUAAAGUCUCCAUCAAGGGGCCCAAGGGUCUUGAGGAGCCGUGCAAAAGAAAAGAUCUUGGAGACGGGGUGUAUGCUUUUGACUAUUACCCCACCACCCCGGGGACAUACUCCAUCACCAUCACCUGGGGAGGGCAGCACAUCCCCCGCAGUCCCAUCGAGGUGAAGAUCGGCGCUGAGGCCGGCCCCCAGAGGGUGAGGGCCUGGGGUCCGGGGCUGGAGCACGGUAUAGUCGGCAAAUCAGCUGACUUUGUGGUGGAGGCUGUUGGAGACAAUGUUGGCACACUGGGUUUCUCUGUGGAAGGCCCCUCUCAGGCCAAGAUAGAAUGUGACGAUAAGGGUGAUGGGUCAUGUGACGUGCGCUACUGGCCCACAGAGUCUGGAGAGUACGCCGUGCACGUGCUCUGCAACAACGAAGACAUCCAGCACUCUCCCUUCAUGGCCGAGAUCGUCAACGCACCAAACAAAGACUUCUAUCCCGACAAGGUCAAGGCUCAGGGUCCAGGUCUCCAGAGCAGUGGUCUGGCUGUUGGGAAGCCCACAGAGUUCACAGUGGACGCCAAGCAGGGAGGAAAAGCUCCUCUGAAGAUUGUGGCUCAGGAUGUUGAGGGAACUCCUGUGGAUGUACAGGUUAAGGAUAAUGCCAACGGCACAUAUGCCUGUAGUUACACACCACGUAAACCCGUCAAACACACUGCCAUGAUCUCCUGGGGAGGGGUCAACAUCCCAGAGAGUCCCUUCAGGAUGAAUAUAGGAGCAGGAUGUCACCCUAACAAGGUGAAGGUGUCGGGCCCGGGGGUGGCCAAGACCGGCCUGAAGGCCUUCGAGCCGACGUACUUCACUGUGGACUGUGCAGAGGCCGGACAAGGGGACAUCAGCAUAGGCAUCAAGUGUGCCCCUGGAGUGGUGGGGCCGGCAGAGGCCGACAUCGACUUUGACAUCAUCAGGAACGACAACGACACGUUCACAGUGAAGUACACCCCCCCUGGAGCGGGCAGCUACACCAUCAUGGUGCUGUUCGCAGACCAGGCUAUCCCCAUGACGCCCAUCAGGAUCAAAGUGGAUCCUUCUCAUGAUGCCAGCAAAGUGAAGGCCGAGGGCCCCGGACUCAGCCGCAGCGGUGUGGAGCUGAACAAGCCCACCCACUUCACUGUGAGCACCAAAGCAGCGGGGAAGGCUAACCUGGACUGCAGCUUCAGCGGGCCGACCAAAGGAGAGGCUGUGAAGGACUUUGAAAUCAUCAAUAACCACGACAACACACACACCGUCAAAUACACACCUGUGCAGCAGGGUCCUCUGGGAGUCGCCGUGACCUAUGGCGGAGAUAACAUUCCCAAGAGCCCCUUCAACGUGGCUGUGGCCCCCACACUGGACCUCAGCAAGAUCAACGUCACCGGCCUGGGGGACAAGAUGACUGUCGGCAAAGACCAGGAAGUGACGGUGAAAUCGAAGGGGGCCGGAGGUCAGGGGAAGGUCGCCGCCAAGGUCACCUCACCUUUAGGGAAGCCAGUGGCCAGCAAGGUUGAGCCCGGGCUGAGUCCAGAGAGCAGCCAGGUGAAGUUCAUCCCCCGAGAGGCGGGGCCCUACCAGGUGGAGCUGACCUACGACGGAGUCCCCAUCCCCGGAUCUCCCUUCAGCCCCACAGCUUACCCCGUCUCAGACCCCUCCAAGGUGCGCUGCUCUGGUCCAGGCCUGGAGCGCGCCAAGGUGGGGGAAAAGGGGGAGUUCGUGGUGGACUGUACCAAUGCGGGGCCGGCCGAGCUGACCAUCGAGAUCAUCUCUGACAGCGGCACCGAGGCGGAGGUCCACAUCCAGGACAACGGAGACGGGACCUAUACCAUCACCUACAUCCCCCUGUACCCCGGCUCCUACACCCUCACCAUCCGCUACGGAGGCCAGGACGUGCCAAACUUCCCCGCCCGGCUCACCGUGGAGCCCGCCGUGGACGCCAGUGGAGUCCGUGUCUUCGGACCAGGAGUGGACGGAAAAGGAGUUUUCCGGGAGGCGACCACAGACUUCACUGUGGAUGCUCGAGCUCUCACACAGACCGGAGGCGAUCACAUCAAGACUCUGAUCAGCAACCCGUCGGGCAGCCGCACAGACGCCCUGAUCGCUGACCGCGGGGAUGGAACCUACAACGUUGAGUACACUCCCUACGAGGAGGGCCCACACAGUGUGGAGGUGUGCUACGAUGGCUCUCCGGUGCCUAAGAGUCCGUUCCGUGUUGCUGUCACUGAAGGCUGUGAUCCAGCCCGUGUGCGUGUGCACGGUCCAGGCCUGAAGGGCGGCAUCACCAACAAGGCUAACAAGUUCACCGUGGAAACCCGAGGAGCAGGCACUGGGGGUCUGGGUCUGGCGGUGGAAGGUCCUUCAGAGGCCAAAAUGUCCUGCACUGAUAACAAGGAUGGCAGCUGCAGCGUGGAGUACAUCCCAUACGAGACCGGCACAUACAACCUCAACAUCACAUAUGGAGGACAGCCCAUCAAAGGUAGUCCCUUCUCUGUGCCGGUCAGUGACACCGUGGACAGCACCAAGGUGAAGUGCCAGGGUCCAGGCCUGGGAAACAAUGUCAGAGCCAGCAUCCCUCAGGCGUUCACAGUGGAUGCCUCCAAAGCUGGAGUGGCCCCCCUGCAGGUCCGCGUGCAAGGACCCAAAGGAGUGGUGGAGCCUGUGGAGGUGGUGGAUAAUGGUGAUCAGACUCACACAGUCAACUAUGUUCCCACCAGAGAGGGACCCUACUCCAUUAAUGUGUUAUACGCUGAUGAGGAGAUCCCACGCAGCCCCUACAAGGUGAAGGUGCUCCCCACCCAUGAUGCCAGUAAGGUGCGAGCCAGCGGCCCCGGCCUCAACACCACCGGGGUGCCCGCCUCUCUGCCCGUCGAGUUCACCAUUGAUGCCAAAGAUGCCGGCGAGGGAUUGCUGGCGGUGCAGAUCACUGAUCCAGAGGGGAAGCCUAAGAAGGCUAAUAUCCGUGACAACCAUGACGGGACCUACCUGGUGUCCUAUGUACCCGACAUGACGGGCAGAUACACCAUCCUCAUUAAGUACGGAGGGGAUGAGAUCCCAUACUCCCCCUACCGCAUCAGGGCGCUGCCCACCGGAGACGCCAGCAAGUGCACAGUCACAGUCUCAAUCGGCGGUCACGGUUUAGGCGCUGGUGUUGGCCCAACCAUCCAGAUUGGCGAACAGACAGUCAUCACAGUGGACGCCAAGGCUGCUGGGAAAGGGAAGGUGACAUGUAGCGUGUGCACGCCCGAGGGGGCGGAGCUCGACGUGGACGUUGUUGAAAACGAGGACGGCACAUUCGACAUCUUCUACACGGCACCGCAGCCUGGCGAGUAUGUCAUCUGCGUUCGCUUCGGAGGGGAGCACAUCCCUAACAGUCCCUUCCAAGUCACGGCGCUGGAAGGAGCUCCAUCAGACCAGCUCAUGCAACAGAGCCAAAUCCCCCAGUACUACGCUCAACAGCCCUGGGCAACAGACAGACCAAUGGGAAUGAACGGUCUGGAUGUGGCGGGGCUGAGACCAUUCGACCUGGUCAUCCCAUUCACCAUCCAGAAGGGAGAGAUCACAGGCGAGGUCCGGAUGCCAUCAGGUAAGGUGGCCAAGCCUGACAUCACAGACAACAAGGAUGGCACUGUGACCGUCAAAUAUGCUCCCACUGAGGCCGGGCUGCACGAGAUGGACAUCAAAUAUGACGGCAUCCACAUCCCCGGAAGUCCCUUACAGUUCUAUGUGGACUAUAUGAACAGCGGCAACGUCAGUGCCUACGGCCCGGGCCUCAUCCACGGGACCGUCAACAAGCUUGCCGUCUUCACUGUGAACACCAAAGACGCAGGAGAGGGCGGUCUGUCUCUGGCCAUCGAGGGUCCAUCCAAGGCAGACAUCAGUUGUCUUGACAACCAGGACGGGACCUGCACCGUGUCCUACCUGCCCGUCCUGCCUGGAGACUACAGCAUCCUCGUCAAAUACAACGACAAGCACAUCCCCGGCAGCCCCUUCUCUGCCAGGAUUACUGGCGAUGACUCCAUGAGGAUGUCCCAUCUGAAGGUGGGCUCCGCCGCAGACAUCCCUCUGGACAUCGGAGAGUUCGACCUGAGCCAGCUGACCGCCUCCCUGACCACGCCUUCAGGCCGCGAGGAGCCCUGCCUGCUGAAGAUGCUGCGUAACGGACAUGUUGGCAUCUCAUUUGUUCCCAAGGAGAUCGGAGAGCACUUUGUGAACAUCAAGAAGAACGGUCGUCAUAUUCCCAGCAGCCCCAUUGCUGUUAUGAUCAACCAAUCAGAGAUCGGCGACGCCAGCCGUGUGCGUGUGAGUGGACCGGGCCUCAGCGAGGCCAGGACCUUCGAGCCCGCCGAGUUCAUCAUCGACACUCGGGACGCAGGCUAUGGCGGCUUGAGCCUGUCCAUCGAGGGGCCCAGUAAAGUGGACAUCAACACAGAGGACCAGGAGGACGGCACCUGUAAGAUCACCUACUGCCCCACAGAGCCAGGAAACUACAUCAUCAACAUCAAGUUCGCUGACCAACAUGUGCCAGGGAGCGCCUUCACUGUGAAGGUGACAGGGGAGGGCAGGAUGAAGGAGAGCAUCACCAGGAAGAGGAGAGCGGCUUCAGUGGCCAACGUGGGCAGCCAGUGUGACCUCAGCCUCAAGAUCCCAGAGAUCAGCAUAGCGGACAUGACGGCGCAGGUCACCAGCCCGUCUGGACAGGUGCACAAGGCUGACAUCAUGGAGGGGGAGAACAACACCUACUGCAUCCGCUUCAUACCCACCGAGACCGGUGUGCACACCGUGUGUGUGAAAUACAACGGUGCACACGUGCCCGGGAGCCCGUUCCAGUUUACCGUCGGGCCCCUGGGAGAGGGCGGGGCUCACAAGGUCCGUGCUGGAGGGCCCGGGCUGGAGAGAGCAGAAGCUGGAGUACCAGCUGAGUUCAGCAUCUGGACGAGGGAGGCUGGUGCCGGGGGCCUCAGUAUCGCUGUGGAGGGGCCGAGCAAGGCUGAAAUCGCCUUUGAGGACCGCAAGGACGGCUCCAGUGGAGUGUCCUACAUCGUGCAGGAGCCGGGAGACUACGAGGUGUCGAUCCGUUUCAACGAGGAGCACAUCCCCGACAGCCCCUUCCUCGUGCCCGUGGCCUCGCCCUCAGACGACGCCCGGCGCCUCACUGUUGCCAGUCUUCAGGAGUCGGGUCUGAAGGUGAACCAGCCGGCAUCGUUUGCCGUCAGCCUGAACGGGGCGAAGGGUGUGAUCGAUGCCAAGGUGCACAGCCCAUCUGGAGCUCUGGAGGAAUGCUGCGUUACUGAGAUCGACCAAGACAAGUACGCAGUCCGCUUCAUCCCCAGAGAGAACGGCCUCUAUCUAAUUGAUGUGAAGUUCAAUGGUAGUCACAUCCCCGGCAGUCCGUUUAAGAUCCGGGUCGGAGAGACGGGCCAGGCCGGAGACCCUGGCAUGGUGUCUGCUUACGGAGCAGGACUGGAGGGAGGAACCACAGGAACGGCAUGUGAAUUUGUGGUGAAUACAAGCAAGGCGGGCCCCGGAGCGUUGGCUGUGACAAUCGACGGGCCCUCCAAGGUGAAGAUGGACUGUGUGGAGUGCCCCGAGGGCUACAGGGUCACAUACACCCCCAUGGCCCCUGGUAACUAUCUAAUUUCCAUCAAAUACGGCGGUCCUUACCACAUCGGCGGAAGCCCCUUCAAAGCCAAGAUCACCGGUUCCAAGCUUGUGUCCAGCCACAGUAUGCACGAAACCUCUUCAGUCAUGGUGGACCCUCUGACCCGGGCCAUCAGCUGUUCUCAGCCGGGGGCCCCCACCCAGUCAGACGCCAGCAAGGUGGUGGCCAAGGGCACGGGCCUGACCAAGGCCUACGUCGGCCAGAAAAACAGCUUCAGUGUCGACUGCAGCAAAGCAGGGCGUAACAUGCUCCUGGUUGGUGUGGACGGGCCCAAAGUCCCCUGUGAGGAGAUCCUCGUGAAACAUUUGGGCAGCCGCAUGUACAACGUGAGCUACCAGCUGAAGGAGAAGGGAGAGUACAUCCUGGUGCUGAAGUGGGGAGAUGAUCACAUCCCCGGCAGCCCCUACCACAUUACUGUCUGAAAAUCACAAACGUAUACCACUGUUUAAAACAACUGAAAAUCUAUCUAGAGUCUAACCGAUAAUUGUUUACAAGUCCCUCCCAUGUUACAAAUUAAGAUUUCUGGCUUUCUUGUGUGUCUUAUUUUAUAACAGUGUUACCAACUACAAAAUAAACCCUCGCAUCAGUUUACCCUCGGCCAGAUCUCUGUUUUUCAACAAGUUUUAACAUCAUCACUGCAACCCAGUCCAGGAUUUCCCAAAGAUGAAUGCAUGGACACAUUUUCCUGUCUUUAUGGUCAUUUCUUGUUCUUCUGCCAAUCACAUCAGUAAAUAAAGUGAGGGAGGGAUUACAAAAAGAUGCACCUUUUUUAUAUUAUGGUCAGCCAUACAAUUGUGCCUUAUGUUUUAUUUUUUCCAUUUUCAGUCAUGGACACAAGUUGACAUUAGCAGAUUAGUCUGAAUUGUGUACAGUGAUAGGAUAGCUUAGCGUAGUGUAGCAGCAGUAGAUUGUGAGCCCAGCGCUGGAUGGAAGGUUACUGUUUACACUGGAGGAGCUACCCUUACACACAUUCAUAAUGGAUUCCCUAUGAACAAUGAGAGCACCUGAACCAAAGUGUGUCAGAAGUAAGAUUUGACAUACCAUGGCACACUUUGAUCUAAGAUCUUUAAUUGUCCAUAUAAAAGUCAGAUGAAACGCUCGGCACUGGUCCGGUCCACUUCAGCAUGUGGAUGUCAUGAUGCUCUUCUACUAACCCCGUCGUUUUACCUGCUGCUAGUGUGAUCCAGUUGUAGGCACUGCUGUUCUUAAAGCCGUAAUAUGGAUUAGAAUAGAAAGUAACCUGCUUAGAUUUAAGAAAAGGCCACAUGUAUGUGAACUCAUUUAACUAAAGCUUACUCGUGGUUUAUCUCACAUGCUUUGUGUGUUUUAAUGGGACACAACAUGUGAUCUGCAUGUUCAUUAAAAACGCUUUUGAUACAGGAAGCCUCUGAUUCAGAUUAAGAUCAACAUGAUGUGUUAGUGGUGGUUCACCUUCGAGUAUGGAAUAAAUUAAAAGGUUAAAAAGGGAAGUACUUAAAAAAGUUGUGUUUGACAGAAUGGCUGAAGAUGAUGUGCCGAAUGUCGCGAAAACUCGAAGACCAAAAACAAAAGAGCCACUCCCCCCACCCCCCCCCCCC